AUGAUCCCCUCUGUCCACACGCGAUACAGCCUGCCCCUAGAACUGGAUCAUUACACCACCCAGUUUUUAACAGGCCAUGGCGAUUUCUACGGCAAACUACACAAGUUCAAUCUGGUAAGGGACCCCACGUGCGAGUGUGGAAGGAAUCCAGAAACGGUCCGGCACGUACUCAGGUUCUGUCCCAGAACGAUAGCGGCCAGGAGAAAACUGAAAAAAGUGCUAUCAGAAGAGGGCGAGAGAUGGCCGCCUGAAAAAGGAGCGUUCCUUAAAACCAAAAGAACGUACGAGGCCUUGGUUGUAUUCGCUAGGGAAGCCUUAACAAAUAGAAGUGAUCGAUAG